AUGGGUCCCGAUCACGGUGCUCUCGGUGCGACAUUCAAGAUCGCUCGAGUGCUCCAAGCAGCAUCGAUGAUAGCGAUGAUUGGCAUCACGGCGAAUUUCAUCUCUGAGAUGGUCAGCGCUGGUGCGACGCCUCCUGCAAUUCUCAUCGGGAUUCUGAGCAUAGUCUGCAUUGCUGUGCUGUAUUGUGCAAUCACAGUCAUUCUUUACUUCGAUAACAUCCUACCGUUCUUGAUCAGCACUGGUCUUGACGCUCUUUUCUUGAUUGCACUGAUUGUUCUCUCGGUUAUUGUUGGCAAGCCACUUUCCUACCUCAACUGCCAGAUUCUGGACGAGGUUUCCAAUACCAGCUCCAGUGCAUAUGACUUUACCUCGGCCUUGGGUAACAGUCUUAACAAGGAUGGCAAUGUUGACUAUUCGCAAUGGAUCGGGACUUCCAAGGCCACGUGCCUUGAGAUGAAAUCCAUCUGGGGUUUGAGCAUUGCGCUCUGCAUUCUUUUUACCUUCUCGGCGGUGAGCAGCAUCUGCUUAUGGAAGAGGACCAAGCAGCCACCGGCUGAGAAACUCGACGCAUAA